GGGCAGUAUCAGAACGCACUUGCAAUGGAGGAAACCAUUUUGGAGCUCAAGAAAGAGGUCUUUGGCACCGAACACCCCAGUAUUGCGACAACCAUGUUUAACUUUGCCUGUUUGAAAUACGACCUUGGUCAGUUGGAAGAGGCAAAUCUGUUGGCCACCAAGUCCCGAGAUAUCCGAAGAAAGGCGCUUGGGGAAGAACACGAGUUCUACAAAGGUACCGUAGAACUAUGCACCAUGAUCAGCAAGGCUAUGGCUACAAAAGCGCCAGACGACACCAACCGCACCAAAAAGCCACUUUUGCAAUCAAGACCUCUGAUGAACAGUACUCGAGAAUUGCUACUUCAGGGAAACUUGGAAUUAGGACAACAUAUCACGACGGAAAAAUCAAAUGCAGCAAACGCACAAGUAAUAAGACGUCAAAUUUCCCAUACACGACCUUGGAACGACCAUCCCCGUCCACAAGCUCAGGCACAGUAUUGGACCGCUUUAGAGGAUCUUGGACCACCUGCAAUUAAUCCAGUCCCCCAACACUCCCAGGAGCGACCACACCAUCUUCCCAGAUAUCACCAACCGCAAGAGUUACCCUCAACUAAGAAAGGCGUGCCACGAUUGCCAGGACCAGGGUGGGCCGGCAUGUACUCAAAUCGCCAUCCACCACGACCUUGGCACGAUCUACAACUACAAGCACCUUAUAUUCGCCCUGAAGUUCAACGACCUCAGGAGCCACCCUGGCUUGACGAUCCUAUGCAAAGAUCAUUAGGCUCGUCCUUUGGUAUGAUGCAGGCGGCGCCACCACGACCUUGGAAUGACCCACAACCACAGCCACAAGGAUAUUACCCUCCCCCAGCAUAUCAGCAGCAUCAAGUGAGGCAUUUUGCUGAUAAUACUAUGCAAUCUCCAUUUGAAUCCUCUUCAAAUGGCGCGCCCAUAAACUCGUGGCGCACCCAUCCCGCGUACUUCCCUCCUUCACAACCACUUCCAGCACGGCCCUGGUCUGAACAUGCGCCACCGCAGUCUCGAGACCAGGACCUACUACGACCUAUUCCCGAUGUACAAGUACCUUCGCUGCCAUCUGCCCGCAACGUACAAGCACCAGAGGAGACACCAUGGGCAGAUAGGACUGCUAAAGAGGAGAAUGAACAUUAUGAACGCGACAAUCCCAGAGCCAUAAACAUUGAAGGGAUUUUGCAAGGGGGACGCACUAUUCCCAAGGAUGUGAUUCAGACCGCUCUGAAUAGCUGCAUUGGAGUAUUGCCCGUGGGGUUAUUGCCCGUGUUGGCAUUGGCAGUUCUGGUCGUCGGAGUUGCGGGGUCACUCGUGCUCGCAUCUCCAUCAAGCAUCGUCACACUGAAAGUGAAACAGAAAGGUUUAAUGGGUGAGGUGUUGCCCCGGGGGAAAUCCUUGGUCGUGCGAGUUACAUCGCCUGAAGUAACGGGAGGAUCAUUGUCCAGGAAUGAGAGAGAUAAUGGUCUCGCUCAGACAUACCCUCUGAAGGUCAGUUCGACCGUACCAGGCGCGGAAGCCCAUUUUGCGGUAGUCCAAUUAAAGCAUCCAGACACCGUAACUUGGAUUAAAGGUGAAAGCCGGAUUGUCAAGUUGAUAGGUAACAUUCACAUCGGCCCAGCAAGCCAAAGGGAAGAUAAGCAAGAGAUAUACCACCGCAAAGAGCUGCAUGGUAGGAAAUACGAGGAGGAGGAACUUGAAAUCUGGGGAAAGUUACUCCCUUUUAAACACGAGGGCUGGAGAGGUAUCGCAACACGACGAGCAACCUAUGGCUACAAACAGUCUGUUACAUCAAUUGAAAGAGAGAGAAACGCUUUAAAGGUCUCCAGCAAACCACAAGAGUUGCCGCCCUGGGCAUUCUCCCGUCCGAAUGAAGCGUGUUGA